AUGGCGGGAAGUGCUGGGAAAAAUCCAGCUCCCCGAAAGCAGUCCAAGACGUACAAGGUCCCUCGUCGACCCUAUGAGUCGUCUCGCCUCGACUCUGAGCUCAAGCUCGCCGGCGAGUACGGUCUCCGCUCCAAGCACGAGAUCUGGCGUGUCGCCCUUGUCCUCUCCAAGAUUCGUCGUGCCGCUCGUGAGCUCCUUAAGCUCGAAGAGAAGGACCCCAAGCGUCUCUUUGAGGGCAACGCCAUCAUUCGCCGUUUGGUACGCAUUGGUGUGCUCGACGAGACCCGCAUGAGGCUCGACUACGUCCUUGCCCUCAAGCUCGAGGACUUCCUUGAGCGCCGCCUGCAGACGCAAGUCUUCAAGUCUGGCCUCGCCAAGUCGAUCCACCACGCCCGCGUUCUCAUCUACCAGCGCCACAUCCGUGUCGGCAAGCAGAUCGUCAACGUCCCCGGCUUCAUGGUCCGCCUCGACUCGCAGAAGCACAUUGACUUCUCCCUCAACUCUCCCUACGGUGGUGGACGUGCCGGCCGUGUCAAGAGGAAGAGGGCAAAGGCUGCUGCCAACGCUGGUGGUGACGGUGGGGACGCCGAGGAGGACGAGGAGUAAACGUGCGCGCACGACGCUGUAUGAAGGGCGGCUACCACACCUUUUUCUUCUCUCACGACCUCAAAACCCACAUACAUUCUUGGCUCAUUCAUCGGCGUGCGCGCGAUUCCCGUCUGUGCAAGCGUUGCGCAUCAGCGGGCGCGAGCGUCGUUGAUGCUCCCGUGGGGCUCUCCUUCAGCAUCUUCUCUCUUUCUCUCUCUCUACCUACCUCUCAAUCUGAGC